CCCAAAUCAAAGACCUCUCACUCUCACUCUCUUUCUUUCUCUCUUGAUUUGGAUCGAUUUGGAGCUGGAUCUUGAGAAUUAGGGUUCUUGUUUGAUAGAUCGAGGUUGGAAAUGGGGAAAUUUGGGUAUUUGGCGAUGAAGACAGAUCGGUUGAGUAGUGAUCUCAUUGAAUCGGAUCUUAAGGAGCUCGGUGUUGCUGCGAAGAAGCUAGCUAACCAUGCGUUUAUGCUGGGGAGUGGGCUUGGGUUUGGUACUACUUUCUUCAAGUUCCUCGCUUCCUUUGCUGCUAUAUACCUGUUGAUACUGGAUCGCACAAACUGGAAGACCAACAUCCUGACAUCCCUCUUAAUUCCUUACAUUUUCUUGAGUCUUCCUUCUGUAUUAUUCUCUUUGUUAAGAGGUGAGUUUGGCAAAUGGAUUGCAUUUAUCGCUGUUGUGCUGCGACUCUUCUUUCCUCGACGCUUCCCAGACUGGUUGGAGUUGCCUGGAGCACUGAUCCUUCUUCUGGUUGUUGCACCAAGCUUCUUUGCGGACACCAUCAGGGAUAGCAUUGCUGGUACUAUCAUUUGCUUGCUUAUAGGCUGUUACCUUCUACAAGAGCACAUCCGAGCAUCGGGUGGCUUCAGGAACUCUUUCACAAAAAGCCAUGGUGUGUCAAACUCGAUCGGAAUAAUUCUUCUCUUCGUCUACCCAGUCUGGGCACUGGUUCUGCAUUUUCUGUAGCUAUAAUUAUACCAUAUGAUCCUUUGAAAAAAUAUGUUGAAAAUAAUAAUUAGUCUUCUUGUCCAGCUAUUUGUUUGUGAGACUAGUUUGUUUAUUCUUUGAUGUCUAAACUUUGUGUUGUUGAAUGCCAGUGUGAGAAAUUUGUUUGUUUGUUCCUUUUAUAUAUAUAUAAUUUUGGACUGGGUUUGUUUA